AUGGAGAGUAGUGUCACCGGCGGUGAGGAUACCGGAGCCAACAUAAGCCUCAGCGUGAAGUUCAGUGGCAGAACCAUACCCAUCACAAAUCUUUCUCCGGACUCAACCAUCAAAGACCUCAAGUCCCUUCUGCAACCUCUCACCAAUGUCCUCCCUCGUGGCCAAAAGCUCAUUUGCAAAGGGAAGCUUUUGGUGGAUGGAAUGACACUGGAGGAGUCUGAGGUCGCUAAUGGGUCCAGGAUCAUGCUCAUGGCUUCUCAGGGCUUGCAUCAAGGGGACGGGCCCAUCCUAAAACAAGCUCCCACACGCCCCAUUUCCAGAGCCAACAAUGCUACUACAUUGGGAAAAGAAAAGACAGAAGUUUCUGUUGAUAAGAACCGGUUGGAUCGAUGGAAAGCUACUGGGGUUAUUGGACUCCGUGACUGCAACUUGAGGACAAGUUUUGAGGUUGUUAACAGAAGUAGUAUGCCUUUCAGAAUUGUUUUUCCUUCAGACAAUUAA